GGCUCCGGGAGGCGGGGACGCGGCGGCGGCGGCGGCGGCUGCUCCAGUCCCGUCUUUCUCACUCACUGGGGAGCCCGGCGGUGGCGGCACCUUUCGAGGCAGAGCUGCUGAGCUGCGAGCCCGCGCGCUAAUCAGAAAGACAGACGUCUUAAGGACUGACGGCAGAGCCGACCGACGCACGGACAGCGGCCAGCCGCGCGGCUAGAGUCGCCUUAAGUUCCGCCAUGAGUUGGGGCACGGAGCUGUGGGAUCAGUUCGACAGUUUAGACAAACACACACAAUGGGGAAUUGACUUCUUGGAAAGAUAUGCCAAAUUUGUCAAAGAGAGAAUUGAAAUUGAACAGAACUAUGCGAAGCAAUUGAGAAAUCUGGUUAAGAAGUACUGUCCUAAACGUUCAUCCAAAGAUGAAGAGCCAAGGUUUACCUCGUGUAUAGCCUUUUUUAACAUCCUUAAUGAGUUAAAUGACUAUGCAGGACAGCGAGAGGUAGUAGCAGAAGAAAUGGCACACAGAGUAUAUGGUGAAUUAAUGAGAUACGCUCAUGAUCUGAAAACUGAAAGAAAAAUGCAUCUUCAAGAAGGACGAAAAGCUCAGCAGUACCUUGACAUGUGCUGGAAACAGAUGGAUAAUAGUAAAAAGAAGUUUGAAAGGGAAUGUAGAGAGGCAGAAAAGGCACAACAGAGUUACGAAAGAUUGGAUAAUGAUACUAAUGCAACCAAGGCAGAUGUUGAAAAGGCCAAACAGCAGUUGAACCUGCGUACACAUAUGGCUGAUGAGAAUAAAAAUGAAUAUGCUGCACAGUUACAGAACUUUAAUGGAGAACAACACAAACAUUUCUACAUAGUGAUUCCUCAGAUUUACAAGCAACUACAAGAAAUGGACGAACGAAGGACUGUUAAACUGAGUGAGUGUUACAGAGGAUUUGCAGACUCAGAGCGCAAGGUUAUUCCCAUCAUUUCAAAAUGUUUGGAAGGAAUGAUUCUUGCAGCAAAAUCAGUCGAUGAAAGACGAGACUCUCAAAUGGUGGUAGAUUCGUUCAAGUCUGGUUUUGAACCUCCAGGAGACUUUCCAUUUGAAGAUUACAGUCAGCAUAUUUAUAGAACCAUUUCUGAUGGGACUAUCAGUGCAUCCAAACAGGAGGGUGGAAAGAUGGAUGCCAAAACCACAGUAGGAAAGGCCAAGGGCAAAUUGUGGCUCUUUGGAAAGAAGCCAAAGCCACAGUCCCCACCCUUAACCCCUACUAGUUUAUUCACAUCCAGUACUCCUAAUGGGUCCCAGUUUCUCACAUUCUCCAUUGAGCCCGUGCAUUAUUGUAUGAAUGAAAUAAAAACAGGGAAGCCCAGAAUUCCUUCUUUCAGAAGCCUCAAAAGAGGGUGGUCGGUGAAGAUGGGCCCAGCACUAGAAGAUUUCAGUCAUCUGCCACCAGAACAGAGACGUAAAAAACUUCAGCAGCGCAUUGAUGAACUUAACAGGGAACUACAGAAAGAAUCAGACCAAAAAGAUGCACUCAACAAAAUGAAAGAUGUAUAUGAGAAAAAUCCACAAAUGGGGGAUCCAGGGAGUUUGCAGCCUAAAUUAGCAGAGACAAUGAAUAAUAUUGACCGCUUGCGAAUGGAAAUCCACAAGAAUGAGGCAUGGCUUUCUGAAGUUGAAGGCAAAACAGGCGGGAGAGGAGACCGAAGACACAGCAGUGAUAUAAAUCACCUUGUAACACAAGGGCGAGAAAGUCCUGAGGGAAGUUACACUGAUGAUGCCAACCAAGAGGUUCGUGGGCCACCCCAACAGCAUAGUCAUCACAGUGAGUUUGAUGAUGAAUUUGAAGAUGAUGAUCCUUUGCCUGCUAUUGGACACUGCAAAGCUAUCUAUCCCUUUGAUGGACAUAAUGAAGGUACUCUGGCAAUGAAAGAAGGUGAAGUUCUAUACAUAAUUGAGGAGGACAAAGGUGAUGGAUGGACAAGAGCCCGGAGACAGAAUGGUGAAGAAGGCUACGUUCCCACAUCAUACAUAGAUGUAACUCUAGAGAAAAACAGUAAAGGUGCAGUAACUUAUAUCUAAACUAACCAGACAGUUUUGUGCCCUAGGAACAGUAAUAUAAAAUGAAACACAUUCAGCAGGUCAGAAGAAAACUUAAAAGGGCGUCCCCAUUUAUUGUUCACUGUGUGAGCUGAGUACAGGUUUGGUCUUAGAGGUAUAAAUAUUGCCACAAGUAACUUUCUGUGACACCUUAUCAUUUGAGUAAUGUUGGUGUGAACGUAAUCGAUGCUUUUUGCUUUAUGUUCUGCUUGAGUCUGUGUGAAGAAUUUGUGUUUUUCUGCCUUCUAAAUAAAAGAACUUGAUUUAUUUGGCAGGAACCUAUAGGUAGAAUGUUCCCUUAUCCCUUUUAUGUCAGAAAACAGUGAUUGUGUGAAUUCAAAUAAGUAAAACUGCUCUGAAAUAUUAUAGAAAGCUGUCUCCCAAAAGAGUGGUUUGGGCCCAAGGAUAUAGCUCAACAGUGCAGCACCUGCUUGGUAAGCAUGAGGUCCUGAGUUUGAUUCCCAGUCCAAAAAAAGAGAGUGGUUUGUUCUAGGAGUUUAAAUUUGUAGCUUCAGUUGCUAGGAAGAAAAAGAUGAAUAACUGGUUAAAAAAUAACAAUAUAAUGAUUUUCAUUUUUCUCUUUAGUCUUUGGUUUUCUAAAGGAAGAAAAUAAGCAGCGAGUACAAAAUGUAUUUAAAUAGUAGGCUAAUCAAGAGAUCUACAAAGUCACCUGAUCCAGCUCUUAUGUGAAUAAAUAACUUUCUUUUGAGACUUGAAAAUUUUUUUCAAGUUUGCUGAUAAUUUUUAAUAAUGUAUAAACUUCCUUCCAAAUGAGUCCCAUACCUGUAUUUUUUAUCUUGAAAAUAUCAUUUAGGACUAUUUAGCAAUUACACAUAAAAAAUAGAUUCUAAAUCAAUGAAGACUUAAAUCUUAAAUGGAGGGAAAAUCUUGGCCACUGCUUAUUUAGAAGAGAAACUGCUGUUUUGACUGAGUAGAAGGAAGAUAUCUAUACAAGUAUUUUGUGCCUGAUUUAGCUGGAUUAUCAGUUAUUAGAACAGAUUAUUUUUCCACUUAAUUGCAAUAAACAUUUGUUGAAAAUACUGUACAGUCAAGGACUGUGCAGCAUUAGUUGUGUGAUGACUGAGUUAGUUGUGUGGGGAAGGGAGAUUGUAGAGACUUUUGGGGCAGAUACUUUAAACUGCACACCCCUUUUGGUCUUACCAAAGGUCUUCAGUAAUUGUUCUUUUCUUUUUCCUCCUGGACUACAGGUUCCUGAAGAGGGUUUCUGAGGAAAUGGGCAAGAUGUUGAAGGAGGUUACAUGCAGCUGCUUUUGGGGGGAGGGUAUUAGAGUUGUCAGGCUCAAAGAGAGAGCAAGAGAAGCAAGUUGCAUGAGUGCAUGCAGACAUUAUUUUUUACUAACUUCAUUAGCAUUUCCAUACAUUGUUUUAAAAGAUCAUUAUAAUUCCAAUCCUUAAAUUCCUAGUUCACAAUUAUUCACGUGGAAGAAAGAAAAAAGCCGACAAUGGCUAACCUUUUUUCCGUUUAUUUUACUCAUGUCCAAAUCAGAAUGCAGAGCUGUCAUAUAAAAUUUGUCUUAUGCUUGGCUGUCCGUACAGGACCAUCUCUACCCAGCUGUGUUUCAGUUGGUGUUUAGAUCCAUUGUCUGUAAGAAUCUUUGCCAUUUGUCAGUGUCUGCCUGCGCCACCUCCGUGCUUGCUUAACAUCCUGUUGCAUGUCUAGAGUGACUGGAUUUAGAUUUUUUAGGCAUGUCUUUAUAAUCCCUUGUUCUUGUCAAAGCCUUUGUUUUGUUUUACAUUUGUAGUACAAAUCACUUUGUCAAACAUCUCUAGCACUAAUAUUUCCAUUUUAGUAUAUAUGUGCUGCUAUAACUUCCCCACUGCAAACAUUCCAGUUUUGGCAUUAUGAACACAUAGUCUGUGAACCUGAAAUUUUGAUGAUAAGAACAAGAAAACAUCUCUGCUCUAGCCUACUGCCCAGUUGAAAGACCUCUUUGAAACAUAAUACAUCUUCAGCAUCUCAGUCUGGGAAGAAUCUAUAGUUAGCACUGAAGUCCUGGCAUAAUAAACACAGAAGAUACUCAACCACCUCAAGACAAAGGACUGUUGUCAGAAGUCAGCUGCUUCCAUUCAAAUGCUGCCUUAAACUAGAGUGCCUAAAUCUGUUGAUUGCCAACACUACCACUACAGUAUCCCACAAAGGGCUUUAUGUCAGUUCAGUGCGACCUCCUUUAACUCUGCAGCACUGCUGCAGCUGCCGAUGUAGCCUCGGUAGGUGGCUUUUAGAGCUCCACCAUGUACAAUGGUGCAUCUUCAGAUUUAUGCAUCAAACUAAUGACAUGUCCCCGUCCAUUUUACUUUACUCAGUGUUUUAUGAGAAGUUUUAUGGACCUCCCCCAUUGUCUUUUAAUUUAGGGUUAUGAUGAACUCAUUUGAUUAUUAUGAUGAUAGUCUUUCCAAGUGAUGCUUUUGUUUGAACCAGAUAAAAUUUAGUGAAACUUUGUAAUGAUCUAUGUGCACUUUUACUUGUAAAGUGGAAAUUUCUGUAUGUUUAUACUUGUAAAUAUAAUUGUUGUUAGUGCUCCUAUUGCUCAUGUUGUCCUUGCCUUACAUUUGUGAUUUUGUUCAUGACCUGUAUCUGAACUAAUUUCUUAGUGGUAUUGUAAUAGGUGUAUGGGUUGGGUGGGGGGUUAUUUGUACCACUAAAACUUCUUUAAUUUGGUUCUUUACUGUGUUAAGGGAAGAAAAAGAACGUGAAAUGGUUUGUGUAUUAUUGGAUUUUAAGCAAUAUUUUAGAAGCUGUGUGGCUGUUUUAAUAAUUUUUCCCAGUGUUAUUCGAAUCAUACAAGGUAUACUAAAGCUAAAGGACAAUUGUGUGAAAAUUAAUGCCUUCAUAAGAGCAAGUACACCACGGUUACACAGCUGACUUAUAGUGUAUUACCUUUGAGGCUAGUAAAUGAUAAAGUUUAGAUAUUGAAUCUCGUUACAGGGUUAUUUAUAUAAUGUGACAUUAUUCAAUACUGACAUACUACAUGACGUAGUUUUAAAAUCUAGUGCUAUUUUUAUUUUAAAGAUUAGCAGUAAGAAGGAAAUGUGAUCUGGCUAUGUUUGUCUUCUGAACAAAGCCUGAAGUGCUUAUGUUUUUUUGGCUAGCAGCCACAGAGGGCAAAGUUUAAGGCUUUCUUGUAAGGACUAACUGUUCUUUUCAAGCUACUGUUUGUUUUUCUAAAAGCAGGAUUUGCUUCCGUAGGAGGCAAGUUCCUUUAUGUGGAAUAGUGAAACCUGUUUAUGGGUUAUUAUAAUAUUAAAGACAUUUGUACUUGCACAUUCUUAAAUCAUUCUUAAAUUUUGAACAUGUGAAUUGUCCAAAAGAAAUUAAUUUUUCAGUAAUUUUUACUCUGUGCACAUGUUGAUUUCUUAAUGGUAAAGGCUUUGUUAAAGAUAGUGUUCUCUGUUGAGAAUAUUUUCAUGGAAUAAAACAAUCUUUUCAUGGUCA